AACUUAUUAAAUAGAAAAUGAAUGAUGGGCCAGCAUAUAAUCCAUGUCCUUCACAGGAAGAUGUUUCCAAGAAGGCAAAUUUAGUAGGAAACGUGAAAAAAUCGAAAGCCGAUCAGGCGCAGAUUGAUGAGGAAACAGCGAAACUUUUGGCCUUAAAGGCUCAGUUGGUUCCACAGGAAAAGAAAUCAGGCAAGAUGGUUCUGAAAUAUCCUAAGGGAACCCGUGAUAUUGAGCCUCAUCAAAUGGUUGUGCGUGAAAAAGUUAUGGGUAAAAUAAUUGAGGUGUUCAAGCGACACGGAGCAGAGAGUAUCGAUACCCCUGUUUUUGAACUAAAGGAAGUUCUUACUGGUAAGUACGGCGAGGAUUCAAAGCUAAUCUAUGACUUGGCUGAUCAAGGCGGUGAGAUUCUUGCUCUGCGCUACGAUUUGACAGUGCCUUUUGCUCGCUAUUGUGCAAUGAAUAAGAUCAAAACAAUCAAACGAUACCACAUCGGCAAGGUUUACAGACGCGACAACCCUGCAAUGUCACGCGGAAGGUUCCGAGAAUUCUAUCAAUGUGAUUUCGACAUAGCGGGACAGUAUGAAGGCCUGCUGCCUGACUGUGAGUGCAUCAAAAUAGUGUGUGAGAUUCUGGACUCGUUAGAUGUGGGCUGCUACUGUGUGAAGAUCAACCACAGGAAACUGCUGGAAGGGCUGGUUGUGGGGGUGUGUGGGGUGCCUGCUGCCAGCUUCAACUCCAUCUCUUCCUCCAUUGAUAAACUGGACAAGCAGCAGUGGGAGGAAGUGAGGGAGGAGAUGGUGAAGGAGAAGCAAAUGCUCCCUCACACAGCCGACAAAAUCGGCACUUUUGUUCAGCUGAAAGGCGGAAGAGAUUUAGUUGAGAAGCUACUGGCGGAUGAAGAGUUGUGUGCCAACAAGAAUGCAAUCGCUGGUCUGAAAGACAUUCAGACUAUUCUGGAGUUCUGCGAAGUGUUGUCCAUUUCAGACAAGGUUUCGUUCGACAUGAGUCUAGCACGUGGUCUGGACUACUACACAGGAGUGAUUUACGAGGCAGUUCUUUUGGGGGGCACAGAGUCUACAAACACAACAGACGACACAGCCGCCGAGAAUGGAACAGGGGACUGCAACGAGCCCAGUGAUGGAGAAGAGGCUGCCGCUGCCAAUGUAGGAUCUAUAGCGGGGGGUGGAAGAUACGACAACCUGGUCGGAAUGUUCGACUCCAAACAUCAGAAGGUACCGUGUGUGGGGGUGAGCAUAGGGAUAGAGCGACUGUUGUCCAUGAUAGAGAGGAGGGAGAUGGAGAAAGUGGGGGGCAAGAUGAGGACAGUGGAGACGGAGGUCAUUGUGGCCAGUGCCCAGAAGAGAUUCCACCUGCAUAGACUCACACUCUGCAAUGAGUUGUGGACUGCCGGCAUCAAAACGGAGUUCUCCUACAAGGUCAAUCCCCGCAUGCUGGACCAGCUGCAGUACGCAGAGGACAACCUCAUUCCCUGGGCAGUGAUAGUGGGUGAGAGCGAGAUACAGGAGGGCUGUGUCACUCUGCGCAACAUACAGACCAGACAAGAGGAGAAGAUAGCUCGAGCAGACAUGGUUUCAGUUUUGAAACAAAGACUUCAGUCAACACUCAGCUGCUCAGCCACACAAUGAAUCAAUAGUGCAUGAAUGCAAUUAUGAAAACCUCUUUUAAAUUUUGUCAUCUAAUUUGACCCGAUGAGUUACAGAAUUAAGAACACAUAAAUUAA